AUGGAUUCAGUUUACUGCUACUGCACCUCCUGUGAUGGCCGGAUAGGCUCCGUGUCAAACCACUGGAUCAAAAUCGGCAAGAAUUACUUGACACCAGCGCUGCAGAGCAACGUCGACUUUGAUGUGACGACAUCACAGAAGAUCCGUAUCGGCGAGAAAGACACACUCCUCGAUAGAUGUGGAUUACAGAGCACCCAGUGUGCGAUAUGUGCUUCAACCCUGGGAAUGAAGACUGUAUUCGCGCCAUCAAAUCAUGUCCUCUGCCCUGGCCAAUUCAUAUUCCGAACGUCGGCACUGGUCUUGAAAGAAACGCCGGACGCCGCCGGCACCAUCAAACCGGGGAUCAAACGCAGCUUAAAGUUGAAAGAAGACGUGGAAACUUCCAAUGCUCUCGUUUCUCAGCCUUCAGCUAAAGACUCAUAUGCUAGACCUGAACCCAGGAGCUUCUCUUCUGUCAUGAUGCAUGAUAUGAAUUUGGUUCAACUCCAAGUUGACGUCGACGCGCAACGAGACGACAUUCAACGCAUCAAUGAUACUGGAGCAAAUGUUGUAUCUUCGUUCCAUGGAUCAAUGUCUCAGCUAGAGAGGCAGGUCCUAAGGCUUACAGAUUCCCUCCAAGCGAUGAAAGAGGACUGGAAGCGACAGCAGGAUGAACUUGGCUCUGUCAAAUCUGAGCUGAACCGGUACAAGUCGAAACCAAAUCGCAAAAGCGGCUCUAUUUCCGAUCCGGAGACGACAAGUCUUCGGAACGAUUUGUCUUCGUUGAGACGAGAGCUGACACGGGUCCGUGAAGAAAAUGCUCGCCUGAGGGAUGAGGCCAUCGAGACGCGGGACCUUGCGAGACAGGGGAUUUUCGCUGCCAAAGAAUGCGCGUUGGAAGUCGCCGCCUUGAGGCGACAAUUGGGCGGACAGACCGAUACCUCGGCCAAACCCCCGGUUACCCGACCUUCAAAGCCAGCAGCAUCUCCGAGGCGCCCCUCAGCCCCGAAAUCAAAGCCUAUAGAAAUUAAACGGGACGGAGAUCUGACAGAUGAAGACCUCCCUGCUGAAACCAGUAGCAAACCACCAGUUUCUUCCGAGGAUACCGUUCUACUGCCUCGACUCCACGAUACAAAGCAGUCGAAGCCUGGCCACAAACGCACUCUGAUGGAUUUGAUAGAUGAGGAUGACGAGGACGAGGUUGACCUGGUCACGACACCAAAACGUGCUGCUCAUAGCAUAGACCCCGACCUGAACCCCAAUGCAGAAUCCUCGUAUAUCAAAGGGUUAUGGAUGUCCUCUUCGCCCAUAGCUGGAGAUCCUGACUUGGACAAGGCUGUUCAGGAUCAGACAAAUUCUGGACUUUUGAACAAGAAAUCGAAAAAGGGGGGCCUCUUGAGUUUCGGUAAACGGUAG